CUCCGCGCCUCGCCUCCUCCGCCCCGCGCCCUGCGGUGCUGCAGCUGCGGGCGGCUCCAGCUGCCCCAGAUGUGGGCUGGGCGGCGCGCGGGGAACUUUCGCGCCGGCUGCGAGUGCGGGGCCCCGGCUGUGGUCCGGCUGCCAUGGAUCCGCCGGCGGGAGCCGCCGGCCGCCUGCUCUGCCCCGCGCUGUUGCUGCUCCUGCUGCUGCCGUUGCUCGCGGACGCCCGGCUCGCCGCCGCCGCCGACCCCCCAGGCGGGCCCCAGGGGCAUGGGGCCGAGCGCAUCCUGGCGGUGCCGGUGCGCACUGACGCCCAGGGCCGCCUGGUGUCCCACGUGGUGUCGGGGGCGACGGCCCCGCCUGGAGUUCGGACCCGCAGGGCCGCCCCUGCCCAGAUCCCCGGGCUCUCUGGAGGCAGCGAGGAGGACCCCGGUGGCCGCCUCUUCUACAAUGUUACUGUCUUUGGCCGAGACCUGCACCUGCGGCUGCGGCCCAAUGCCCGCCUCGUGGCGCCCGGGGCGACGUUGGAGUGGCAGGGAGAAUCGGGUGCCACCCGCGUGGAGCCCCUGCUUGGGACUUGCCUCUACGUCGGAGACGUCGCGGGCCUGGCUGAAGCCUCCUCCGUGGCGCUCAGCAACUGCGACGGGCUGGCUGGCCUGAUCCGUAUGGAAGAGGAGGAAUUCUUUAUUGAGCCCCUGGAGAAAGGUCUGGCGGCAAAGGAGGCCGAGCAGGGCCGUGUACACGUGGUGUAUCAUCGACCGACCACCUCCAGACCCCCUCCUCUGGGGGGCCCACAGGCCCUGGACACAGGGGUCUCCCCAGACAGCCUGGACAGCCUCAGCCGUGCUCUGGGUGUUCUGGAGGAGCGAGUCAACAGCUCCAGGCGAAGGGUACGCAGGCACACUGCUGACGACGACUACAACAUCGAGGUCCUGCUGGGGGUGGACGACUCUGUGGUCCAGUUCCACGGGAAGGAGCAUGUGCAGAAGUACCUGCUCACCCUCAUGAACAUCGUCAACGAAAUCUAUCACGAUGAGUCCUUGGGGGCCCACAUCAAUGUCGUCCUGGUGCGGAUAAUCCUGCUGAGCUACGGGAAGUCCAUGAGCCUCAUUGAGAUUGGGAACCCCUCUCAGAGCCUGGAGAAUGUCUGCCGCUGGGCCUACCUCCAGCAGAAGCCAGACACUGAUCACGACGAGUACCAUGACCACGCCAUAUUCCUCACACGGCAGGACUUCGGGCCUUCGGGCAUGCAAGGCUAUGCUCCUGUCACUGGGAUGUGCCACCCCGUCCGCAGCUGCACCCUGAACCACGAGGACGGCUUCUCCUCCGCGUUCGUGGUGGCCCACGAGACUGGCCAUGUGCUAGGCAUGGAGCACGACGGGCAGGGCAACCGCUGCGGUGACGAGGUGCGGCUGGGCAGCAUCAUGGCCCCCCUGGUGCAGGCAGCCUUCCAUCGCUUCCACUGGUCCCGCUGCAGCCAGCAGGAGCUGAGCCGCUACCUGCACUCCUAUGACUGCCUGCGGGAUGACCCCUUCACCCACGACUGGCCGGCGCUGCCCCAGCUCCCGGGGCUGCACUACUCCAUGAAUGAGCAGUGCCGCUUCGACUUUGGCCUUGGUUACAUGAUGUGUACCGCGUUUCGGACCUUCGACCCGUGCAAACAGCUGUGGUGCAGCCACCCUGACAACCCCUACUUCUGCAAGACUAAGAAGGGGCCACCUCUGGAUGGGACCAUGUGUGCGCCUGGCAAGCACUGCUUUAAAGGACACUGCGUCUGGCUGACGCCUGACAUUCUCAAACGAGAUGGCAACUGGGGAGCCUGGAGCCCCUUCGGCUCCUGCUCGCGUACCUGCGGCACAGGUGUGAAGUUCAGGACCCGUCAGUGCGACAACCCACACCCAGCCAAUGGGGGCCGCACCUGCUCGGGCCUUGCCUACGACUUCCAGCUCUGCAACUCCCAGGACUGCCCUGAUGCGCUGGCCGACUUCCGUGAGGAGCAGUGCCGGCAGUGGGACCUAUACUUCGAGCAUGGUGACACUCAACACCACUGGCUGCCCCACGAGCACCGGGAUGCCAAGGAGCGCUGUCACCUCUACUGUGAGUCCAAGGAGACCGGGGAGGUGGUAUCCAUGAAGCGCAUGGUGCAUGACGGGACGCGCUGUUCCUACAAGGACGCCUUCAGCCUCUGCGUGCGUGGGGACUGCAGGAAGGUGGGCUGUGACGGGGUGAUCGGCUCCAGCAAGCAGGAGGACAAGUGUGGUGUGUGCGGAGGGGACAACUCCCACUGCAAGGUGGUCAAGGGCACAUUCACGCGCUCACCCAAGAAGCUUGGUUACAUCAAGAUGUUUGAGAUCCCGGCAGGAGCCAGACAUCUGCUAAUCCAGGAAGCAGACACCACCAGCCAUCACCUGGCCGUCAAAAACCUGGAGACAGGCAAGUUCAUCUUAAAUGAAGAGAAUGACGUGGAUCCCAACUCCAAGACCUUCAUUGCCAUGGGUGUGGAGUGGGAGUACCGGAAUGAGGACGGCCGGGAGACGCUGCAGACCAUGGGCCCCCUCCACGGCACCAUCACUGUGCUGGUCAUCCCGGAAGGGGACGCCCGCAUCUCGCUGACCUACAAGUACAUGAUCCAUGAGGACUCGCUCAAUGUGGACGACAACAAUGUCCUGGAGGAUGACUCUGUGGGCUACGAGUGGGCCCUGAAGAAGUGGUCUCCCUGCUCCAAGCCCUGCGGUGGAGGGUCCCAAUUCACCAAGUAUGGCUGCCGCCGGAGGCUGGACCACAAGAUGGUGCACCGAGGCUUCUGCGACUCCGUCUCAAAGCCCAAGGCCAUCCGCCGGACCUGCAACCCACAGGAGUGCUCCCAGCCCGUGUGGGUCACGGGCGAGUGGGAGCCGUGCAGUCGGAGCUGUGGGCGGACAGGCAUGCAGGCUCGCUCUGUGCGCUGUGUGCAGCCCCUGCACAACAACACCACGCGCUCUGUGCACACGAAGCACUGCAAUGACGCGCGACCCGAGGGCCGCCGGGCCUGCAACCGCGAGCUGUGCCCCGGACGGUGGCGCGCUGGGUCCUGGUCCCAGUGCUCGGUAACCUGUGGAAAUGGCACCCAGGAACGGCCGGUGCUCUGCCGAACUGCGGACGACAGCUUCGGGGUCUGCCGGGAGGAGCGGCCUGAGACGGCAAGGAUCUGCAGGCUUGGCCCCUGUCCCCGAAACACCUCUGACCCCUCCAAGAAGAGCUACGUGGUGCAGUGGCUAUCCCGACCGGACCCCGACGCGCCAGCCCAGGAGACCUCGUCAAAGGGCCGCUGCCAAGGUGACAAGUCAGUGUUCUGUAGGAUGGAAGUCUUGUCUCGCUAUUGCUCCAUCCCAGGCUACAAUAAGCUCUGCUGCAAGUCCUGCACCCUGCACGACAACCUCACUGAUGUGGACGACAGGGCAGAGCCGCCCUCCGGGAAGCACAAUGACAUCGAAGAGCUCCUGCCCACCCUCCCAGUGCCCACUCUGGUCAUGGAGGUGCAGCCUCCGCCAGGCACACCCCUGGAGGCGCCUCUCAAUACUUCCAGCGCCAAUGCCACCGAGGACCACCCAGAAACCAACGCUGUGGAUGUGCCCUACAAAAUCCAUGGCCUGGAAGAUGAAGUCCAGCCGCCCAACCUGAUCCCUCGACGACCGAGCCCGUACGAAAAGACCAGAAACCAAAGGAUCCAAGAGCUCAUUGAUGAGAUGAGGAAGAAAGAGAUGCUCGGAAAGUUCUAAUAAAAUGGAAAGAUAGCAUCAA